AUCGUGUAGAGUGCACGUACUUGUGUAUUGCGGAGUAAAGACCAAAGCUUGUGAGGACCGAAGGAAGUGCGGGCAGAACAUCACCGUGAAGUUUCCAGUAUUCUAGUGUUCAGUAAAAUCGGAAAAAGCUCAUUUUAAAGAUGGCCGCUACGAAAGCACCAGCAGUCGGUAUCGAUCUGGGAACCACCUAUAGCUGCGUUGGAGUAUUCCAGCACGGAAAGGUAGAAAUUAUUGCCAACGACCAGGGCAACCGUACGACGCCGUCCUAUGUGGCCUUCACCGAUACGGAGCGUCUGAUCGGCGAUGCCGCCAAGAACCAGGUCGCCAUGAACCCGACGAACACAAUCUUCGACGCCAAGCGCCUGAUCGGUCGUAAGUUCGACGACCCAGCCAUCCAGGCUGACAUGAAGCACUGGCCGUUCGAAGUUGAGUCCAUCGAGGGCAAGCCGAAAAUCCAGGUUGAGUACAAGGGCGAGACGAAGUCGUUCUUCCCGGAGGAGGUCAGCUCGAUGGUGUUGACCAAGAUGAAGGAAACCGCCGAAGCCUACCUGGGCAAGACGGUGACCAAUGCCGUCAUCACUGUGCCAGCCUACUUCAAUGACUCACAGCGCCAGGCGACCAAGGACGCCGGAACCAUCUCUGGACUGAACGUUCUGCGUAUCAUCAACGAACCGACGGCAGCCGCCAUUGCCUAUGGUUUGGACAAGAAGACUGCCGGUGAGCGCAACGUGCUCAUCUUCGAUCUGGGCGGCGGCACCUUCGAUGUGUCGAUCCUCUCGAUCGAUGACGGCAUCUUCGAGGUAAAGUCGACGGCCGGAGACACCCAUCUGGGUGGCGAAGACUUCGACAACCGUCUGGUGAACCACUUCGCCCAGGAGUUUAAGCGCAAGCACAAGAAAGACUUGUCCACCAACAAGCGCGCCCUGCGUCGUCUGCGCACGGCGUGCGAGCGUGCGAAGCGUACGCUUUCGUCGUCGACGCAAGCCAGCAUCGAGAUUGACUCGCUGUUCGAGGGAACGGACUUCUACACCUCGAUCACGCGCGCCCGUUUCGAGGAGCUGAACGCCGAUCUCUUCCGCUCGACGAUGGAGCCGGUUGAGAAGGCGCUGCGCGACGCCAAGAUGGACAAGGCUAGCAUCCACGACAUCGUGCUGGUCGGUGGAUCGACCCGUAUCCCGAAGGUGCAGAAGCUGCUGCAGGACUUCUUCAACGGCAAGGAGUUGAACAAGUCGAUCAACCCGGACGAGGCCGUCGCGUACGGUGCUGCCGUCCAGGCCGCCAUCCUGCACGGCGACAAGUCGGAGGAGGUGCAGGAUCUGCUGCUGCUCGAUGUGACCCCGCUGUCGCUCGGUAUCGAGACGGCCGGCGGUGUUAUGUCGGUGCUGAUCAAGCGUAACACCACCAUCCCGACGAAGCAAACCCAGACCUUCACUACGUACUCGGACAACCAGCCUGGAGUGCUGAUCCAGGUGUUCGAGGGUGAGCGGGCCAUGACCAAGGACAACAACCUGCUCGGAAAGUUCGAGCUGAGCGGCAUUCCGCCGGCGCCGCGUGGUGUUCCGCAGAUCGAGGUGACGUUCGAUAUUGAUGCCAACGGUAUCCUGAACGUGACCGCGCUCGAGAAGUCCACCAACAAGGAGAACAAGAUUACGAUCACCAACGACAAGGGUCGCCUGAGCAAGGAGGACAUCGAGCGUAUGGUGAACGAAGCCGAGAAGUAUCGUACGGAGGACGAGAAGCAGAAGGAGACUAUCUCGGCCAAGAACGCGCUCGAGUCGUACUGCUUCAACAUGAAGGCCACCAUGGAGGACGACAAGCUGAAGGACAAGAUCAGCGACAGCGACAAGACGCUCGUGCUGGACAAGUGCAACGACACGAUCAAGUGGCUCGAUGCCAACCAGCUGGCCGACAAGGAAGAGUACGAGCACCGCCAGAAGGAGCUCGAGUCUGUGUGCAACCCGAUCAUCAGCAAGCUGUACCAGGGUGCCGGAGGUGCACCGGGAGGCAUGCCAGGAUUCCCGGGUGGCGCUCCGGGAGCUGGAGGAGCUGCCGGCGGUGCCGGUGCGGCCGGUUCCGGCUCCGGCCCGACCAUCGAGGAGGUCGAUUAAAUCACGAUUCCUCGCAUCGUCGUCACAUCAUCAUCAUCAGCGCUGGGAAAGGUGAAGAAGAAAAGAGAAUUUGUGGAAAUAACCACGCUACAAUUUAUCUUUUUCUUUUCAACACCUUUUCUGGCAACAAAAAAAGAAAAGCACCUUUUAACUAACAAUUUUCUCUAGCCAAACAGAAAUGAAAACAAAA